UUUGCUGAAUAAUAUAUACACAUGGUUCCAUCCAAGAACUUUCUUGUUUCUGUGUUUGUUCUUUGAAAACAUCCCUUGAAGACAAUUUUCUUCUCGAGGAUACAUACACAAACCAACAAUAAAUUCACUUAGCAAGUGAAGAAAACAAGAAAAGAGCCAUGGCUAAGAAUCAAGAUAUAGAGAAAGCUGAAAACAGUUUGCAAGAAGAAAUUAAAGUUCCACUUAUUUCACAAGAAAAGAGAGCAGAAAAUGUCAAAAACUGCAGUGGAAGUGAUAAGCAGAUCAAGGAGGAAAGAUGCAUGGUUUACCUCAGUACAUUUGUUGCAGUUUGUGGCUCUUAUUCAUUUGGAUCUUGUGCAGGGUAUUCGUCACCUACACAAUCCGCCAUCCGGGAUGAUCUGAGUUUAACCUUGGCAGAGUACUCAUUGUUUGGCUCAAUACUGACAUUUGGAGCAAUGAUUGGAGCGAUUACUAGUGGUAAAAUUGCUGAUUAUAUAGGUCGUAAAGGGGCGAUGAUAGUAUCAAGUGGAUUUUGUGUAGCAGGGUGGCUAUCAAUUUACUUGGCCAAGGGAGCUCUGCCUCUGGACAUUGGAAGAUUGGCAACAGGAUAUGGAAUGGGAGUCUUUUCAUAUGUGGUACCGGUGUUCAUAGCUGAAAUCUCUCCCAAAGAUUUACGAGGAGCUUUGACAACCAUAAACCAGCUGAUGAUUUGUACUGGAGUAUCUGUUUCCUUCAUCAUAGGCACAUUUCUAACAUGGAGGGCUUUAGCAAUAACAGGAAUAAUCCCAUGUGCUGUUCUCCUUGUUGGCCUAGUUAUCAUCCCAGAAUCUCCAAGAUGGCUGGCAAAAAAUGGAAAUCAAAAAGAAUUUGAAGCUGCAUUGCAAAGACUUCGGGGCAAAAAUGCUAACAUAUCAGAAGAGGCAGCUGAAAUCCAAGAUUAUAUAGAAACUCUUGAGAAACUUCCAAAAGCCAAAAUAAUCGACUUAUUUCAAAAACGAUACUUGAGUUCUGUCACGAUCGGGGUUGGACUAAUGGUCUUUCAACAAUUUGGAGGAAUCAAUGGAAUUUGUUUCUAUACCAGCAGUAUUUUUGAGUCCUCGGGAUUCCCGGCCAACGUAGGAACAAUAACUUAUGCUAUUCUUCAGGUCAUUAUCACUGCACUAGGUGCAACAUUAAUAGACAGAGCAGGACGAAAACCGCUUUUAUUGGUUUCUGCAUCUGGCCUUGUCCUAGGUUGUCUGCUAACAGGUAGCUCAUAUUAUCUUAAGGAGCACAGAAUAGCAGCGAACGCAGCACCAGCACUAGCCGUGAUAGGCAUCCUAGUGUACAUAGGAGCAUUUUCAGUUGGAAUGGGAGCAGUUCCUUGGGUAGUGAUGUCCGAGAUAUUCCCUAUAAAUAUUAAAGGAGUUGCAGGAAGCCUUGCAACACUUGUGAAUUGGUUUGGCGCGUGGACUUGUUCUUACACAUUCAAUUUUCUUAUGAGCUGGAGCUCCUAUGGAACAUUCAUUCUUUAUGCUGCAGUCAAUGCACUUGCCAUUUUGUUCGUGAUCAUAGUAGUACCUGAAACCAAAGGAAAAACUCUGGAACAGUUACAAGCAGCGAUAAAUGUUUCAUAAAAAGCUUAUGGCCCAAGCUUAGGACAUAUUUUUCCUCUGAAGCUUUUGCUUCGAGAGGAAAUGGAUUGAUGAUAUUGUUGCAAAUUAUUAUGUUAAUGAAUACGAAGGCACAUGAAAUGAAAGAUUUAAAUUCAACAAAACGGCUUGUCUACUUAAGACAUUUUUUCUUCUUUAGUGACUCUAUUACUUGAAUAAAAGAAAUGUAAAAGUAUUUGUGUGUUCUCAUGGGGUACAAAAUGAAUAUGGGUAUGUUUGUCAAGACUUUCACUUCUACUUCAGAUUUUUGUACAAGUGCUUCAUCAAUAAAUUAUCUCGAUCAA